AAAACCAAGUUUGACAAUGUUCCAGAAUAUACAAACACUGUCGACAUAACUGAACAGCAAUGGAAAAUCAUUGUUAAUCAAUAUAACCAAGUACGAAAAAAAUUGGCCAAAGAAAUGGAUGUAUACGCAUCGAUUAAGUACGCAUUCCUUUAUGGUAUGGGAAUAGAUUUAUGUACUGGAUCUGCAAGCCCCGAUGAAAAAUUAUUGGAAAUUUACAGUACGUCUGACCUUACAGUGUUUUUUGAUCUUAAUGACAACGAUUCAUUGUUAUUAUUGAGAAAAACUGUUCUUCAUAUGUAUGAAAUAUAUAAGAAAUCAUUGACUAUGAUUUAUAUAAAUUCCAUGGGUUAUUCUUCGCAAGACAUAUCAAUGAGAAUUUUGAUAUGGGAGCAAGUGAAUAUAGUUCGAGCAAACUUUGAUUACAUGAGUAAAAAUAUUGCACUGACCAUAGAAGAUUCACAAACAAAAGCUGAAUCUACAUUUAAUAAAGAUACCAAUGACUACACAGAGGCUAUGACAACAUUAUAUAGGAGUGUUAAUAAAAUGCUUCUAACGGCCGUAAAAUCCACCGAAGUACAUUAUCAACGAGCAAUAAUGUUUAGUAUGGAUGGUAGUAUGUUAACAAAUAAUUUUAAUUCAUACGGAGAAGAAUCAAUAGAAAAAUAUUAUAAUGAUGUUCUAUGGUGUAAUCCCAAUGUAGCUGAUUAUGAUAUACGAGUUGUUGAAAAAGAAAAAAGUGGACAGCCAUCGGCAGAUAUUGUUUUGCCAAAAGAUUUUUUAUCCAUUCAUAAUAAAUAAAUU